AUGACUGGGCUUUCUGGGGAGGUGUUGUAUUCUUCGGGCGGCAGUGGUUGUACUUUUCAUGACUCUAUCCGCAAUCCAUUGGUUGACCCCAAUGGUAACUUCCCUAAUCCAUGUUUUUUGGCAUCAGUGGUCUUGGUCUCCCAUGAAGUCAUUGCCGUUAUUAUGUUUUACCAAAUCGUUAUGGUGACAUUAAACAACAAGCAUGGCCCUUAUAGAGUUAAGUACUCGUUUGGAAACGCGUUUUCAGUAAGAAGUGUUGGGAUGUUUCAAUUCAUUCGGGUGUCUUUAGCUUUCCUUCAAGCCUCAAUUCUAGCUGGACUAGCCAUUGAAGUUAAGUUACGAGAAAAGGCUACCACUGUGGUCACUACGACCGCCAUAGCGUUACUGGCCUUCAUUUUCACUUUGGCGGUGCCGCUACACAUAUUGGAAGUUACUCGCACAGUCGUUGGCCAUGGCUCUCUUUUGGCUUAUUGGUUGCUUUCAGCUUUAUCUUUUCUCGUGGUAACUACUAACGAUAUCUUCUCUUCAAGUAAAGUAUUUGCAAGCCACACCGACAACGCUGCUUUGGCAAUUACAUGGACUAUAGAAAUUGUCUUAACACUCACCUCAACUGUCCUUUUCGUGACAGAACGGUACUAUUACUUCCCAUCAAAAGAACUCUUCGAGUAUUAUUCGUUGAAUGAAUGGGACGUUUCUUCCACUAAAAACUUAGCUGAAGUGCUUUCUUUCAGUUGGGUGGUGCCUGUUAUGAAACAAAUUCGAAGCUCUGGAGAAGCUACCAUACAGCUUAUUCCAAACUUAGUGCCUAGUCUUACUAGUGUUGUGGUGAAGGAAAGAUUUGAAGAUGCUUGGUUCAAGCAAGCUGGAAGAACCUCGAAAGACAACAAGAAACCGGCUAAUGUUUACCCCCUCCUCCAGUCCAAGACAAAACCUUCUUUACUCUUGAUUCUCCUUCAGCUACACUGGUUACAAAUGGUCAAAGGAGUUCUGUUUAUGAUAGGUGACAUCAUGCUCUCUAUUGCUAGCCCUUUCUUUAUUCGGGCGUUUAUUCAGUUCUUUACGCAGCAUGUUGAUGGCAACGACUCUAAGCUGGGUCCACCACUUAUUAUAGGUAUAGCGCUAAGCAUUUCCAUUUUUAGUGUCACUAUGGUUCAGCCUAUUUUGAGGAAUCAAGCUUCAUUAACUUUCUGCAAUAUCAAGGUUGGAAUCCAGUCAGCUCUCACGACUGCAAUUUACGAAAAGUCCAUUAAACUAUCGAAUGCUGCACGAUCCGAAAAGACAAUUGGUGAAAUAACUAACCAUGUCUCCCUUGAUAUCACUAUGAUUUCUGGAUGCCUAGAGCUGAUAGCGUCUUUAUUCACCGUUCCAUUACGUUUGGUAUUAUCCAUAAUAGCUCUUCAUAAGCUUCUUGGGAACUUCAUGUGGGUUGGAAUUGCUGUCAUUCUCAUGCAACUUGUAUUCGACAGAUUAACAAGCUUUCUUUGUAUGGAAGAGAUCGUUUCUAACCUGCGUCAGUUAAGCACAACACCACGAAAAGGUCAAGUGAUAUUAGACAACGCUACUUUCUGUUGGAAACAAGAUGAUGCUGUUCAACCAAGUAGCGAAGUAAAGUAUGCUUUGAAGAACGUAAACUUCGAAGCUCGCAAAGGGGACUUGAUUUGCAUUGUUGGUAAAGUGGGCUCUGGAAAAAGCACAUUAUUGAAGUCUAUCAUGGGAGAGCUUUACCUUUCAAUCAAGAGUGGGUACUUCAAUGUGCAAGGAAGUCUAGCUUAUUGCUCACAAGAUGCAUGGAUCAUUAACUCAAGCAUACGUGAAAAUAUCUUAUUUGGCAAGCGAUAUGAAAAGCAUUUCUAUGACAGAACGUUAGAAGCGUGUCAGUUGCAAGAAGAUCUCAAGGCUCUUUCAAAUGGAGAUAACACUGUUGUAGGAGACAAAGGAGUAUCGCUUUCUGGAGGCCAGAAGGCCCGAGUCUCUCUUGCUCGUGCUAUCUACGCCAGAGCUGAUAUAUACUUAUUGGAUGAUGUCCUAUCAACAGCUGAUGCUUUUGUGGGGAAGAAAAUAAUCGACCAUGUUUUGGCCCCUGGAGGUUUACUCAGGUCGAGGACGGUUAUACUUGCAACCAACUCUUCAAGAGCUCUCUCAAAAGCAACGACUAUUUAUUACAUGAGCAAGGGAGAGAUAAUCGAUCAUGGAACGUAUGGCUGGCUCUUGGAAGAGUUGAAGGACUUUCAUGAAAUGCUUUCUGAUGAUGAUAUUAGGGAGGCAGGAGAGGAACCGAAGCAUCUGAAAUGUGAUCCAGUUCACGAAAGUCUUAAACUUAGUACCGUGGUCAGCAGAGAGACUAUUGGAAGUGCAUCAAAGGCACCAUUUGCAGUGGAUGACACGAACCUUGAUGGUUCAACACCUCAUAAUAUCCCAGAAACAAAGCAGAAAGGGCAAGUGAAAAAAGAGGUUCUCCUUGAAUAUCUUAAAGCUUGUCGCUUACCAUUUAUUUUCCUUUGGGCUUUGUUCAUCUUUCUUGCAAUUAUAACAGGGAUUUAUCGUACUGCCUUAUUGAAGGAGUGGUCUCAGAAAAACUUGGAAAACGGACGAAACGUCCAAGUUUCUUUCUACUUGAUCAUUUACGCUGUUUCUGGAUUAGGGUUUACCGGCUUGAGGCUCGCUGGAACCUACCUUCUUCGGGCUUUCUGUGCCUUAAAUGGAGCAAAAACUAUUCAUGACAAUUACAGACUGUGGUACAUUCAAGCAUCGAGAGAGUUGAAGAGACUCAGGGCUACCUUAAACAGUCCUUUGAUAUCCCACUUCCAUGAAUCAAUUGGUGGUUCCGAGACCAUUAGGGCCUAUGAUGAGGUUGAAAGGUUCGAGUUUUUGAGCAGAAAGUUGAUUGACAAUAUAGCAAAGGUGGAUAUUAUCACCCAGAAUGUCAAUAACUGGUUAUCCUUGAGACUUCUGUCGAUAUCUGCUGCUGUUAUAUUGGCAUGCAGCUUGUUGUGUCUUUCGACCUUAUUAUCAGAAAGACCACUUUCCCCUGGGAUGGUAGGUUUUCUUUUAUCAUACGCCAUAUCUUCAACUCUGAUGCUUGACAUGAUUAUUAAGUUUUCGGCCGAAUCUGAAGUCAAAUUGGUUUCCAUUGAAAGACUACUUGAAUAUUCAAAUUUGCCCCAAGAAGCCCCAGCUAUCAUUGAAGACAAUCGGCCAUCAGAAAGUUGGCCCUCAAAAGGGUCCAUCGAUAUCAAGAAUUACUCCACUGGCUAUAGAGAUGACCUCCCUGCCGCUUUAAAGAAUAUCAACCUUCGCUUUGAACCCAGUGAGAAGAUCGGGAUCGUCGGCAGAACUGGAGCUGGUAAGUCAUCACUUGCGCUAGCUCUCUUCAGAAUAAUCGAAGCCAGAAAUGGCCUGAUUGCGAUUGAUGGAUCCAGUAUAGACAAAAUGGGCCUUUUCGAUUUGAGACGAAGACUUAACAUUAUUCCACAAGAUACUUGUGCAUUCAGAGGUUCAGUGAGAGAAAACUUGGAUCCUUUUGGAGACUAUAGUGACAAGGAGUUAUGGAGAGUCUUGGAGUUGGCUCAUUUAAAGUCGUACGUUGAGACCUUAGGUGCUACCAGCAAGUCCACUCCAGAUCCUAAUAACAGUGGGCAAUCUAGCGCUCUUGAUGCUGGAAUCCAAGAAGGCGGUUCCAAUCUCUCAUCAGGCGAGAGACAGCUUCUUUGUCUAGUUCGAGCUCUCUUGAGUCCCUCAAAUGUACUUGUGCUAGACGAAGCUACUGCUUCUGUGGAUGCUGCAACGGAUAGGAUCAUUCAGCAGACUAUACGGAAGGAGUUCAAACAUAAGACGAUCAUCACAAUUGCACAUCGUUUGGGUACUAUAAUGGAUAGUGAUAAGAUAGUUGUUGUUGGAGAUGGACAAGUGAAGGAGUUUGGUCCACCAAAAACUCUACUUAAUGACAGUUCAAGCGAGUUUUAUGCCUUGUGUAAGGAGGCAGGGCUUGUAUCAAAUAAGGCGGAAUAA